UUAAAAGAGAACGAGAGAGUUUUCUUUUGAAGUCAAGAGUCUAAUUAGGUUUCUUCUUCUUCUUCUUCUUCUUCUUCUUCGUCUUCUUUCACUCCAACACAGUCGUGUGACUCGUCAUAGCUCCACGCCGACGAAAUCAACGAUCAAAGAGCUUCUACCCAAGAGUUAUCGUUCAGAAUUAGGCCUAAAACCCUAAACCCUCACAGGCCGAAAUCGUUCACGACGGAGGAUGCGACCUCCGUUCAACUCCUUCCGGCCUCAAGCUCUCCCGCAGAGACCACAACAACAUCAACAACAACAACAAAAUCAUCCACCACAACAACAACAGCAGCAGAACAAUGGGUAUUCUAGUCACCACCAACAUAAUGGGUAUCAGAACCAAGUGAAUUCUAAUCAGUUAGGGAUGAUGAAUCCACAGAUGAUGAGUAACCCAAUGAUGGGUGGUCACAUGAACAAUCCGAUUCCAAUGCAGAACAUGCCGAUGCAUCCUCAGUUCUUUAACAAUUUCUCCAAUAUACCUCAGCAGCAACAACAACAACUUCACCAGUUUGGUUUGCCCAACCAUAUCAACCAGUUGCUUCCAAACCUCUUGGGGAAUCUUCAGUUUGCAGUUGCUAAUAAUAAUCUCAUGGGUGGUCACUCUCUGCCUCUAGUUCAACCCAAUUUUUUCCAGCCUUCUCUUAACCCUUCUGCUUUCAAUUCUCAGCCACAGCUUAAUAAUUCCUUUAACCCCAUCCCGUAUCCUCCUGUUCCAACUCCACAUCAAAACCACCAGUUGCGUCCUCCGGGUUUCCCAGAGCCAAGACCACAGGUGCAGUCUGCAGGAAAUGUCAACAACGCCAAUGGUACCAAUUCCAAAGGGAAUGAUUUUCGAAAUAAAUUUACAAAACAGCAAAAAUUCAAAGGCCCUGGUCAAGGAUUCCAGAGGCCUCAGUUGCAUCAAGGAGAUAACGCAAAGAAGAAGUUUGGGUCUAAUAAGGAUCACAUGGGCAAAGUGGCUUCAACUACAGGGAACUAUAAUAAGAUGGCAAGUGGUGUCAAUGGUUCUGGCAAAAUAGCUAAGGAAAAGAAAAGAUCAUAUGCCAUGGUUUAUACUCCAAAGGAAAUUAAGCAAUGGCGUGAUGCUCGGCGUAAGAAUUUUCCAACGAGACUCAAUUUUGAAAAGAAAAUGAAGAAAAAUGUUUCAGGCUGCAUCCUUGACGAGGAAGCAAAAAUGCGUCGUCAGCAACUCCAAGAAGUUUUAGCAAAGCAGGCUGAGUUAGGUGUUGAAGUUGCAGAAGUUCCCUCACAUUAUUUAUCUAAUACAGAUGAACAAGUUAAUGGAAAACUUCAAGACAAGGAUGGCAAAAAGGGAAGAUAUCGGAAUAUUAGACAUAGUAGGAGGAGACAUGGUGACAAAGACAAGUUUAGCAAGAAACCAAGGUUGGAGGACCAAAAUUCAUCACAAGAACCUUCCAUGACGACGAGAAAACCUACAUUGCUUGAGAAGCUACUAAGCGCAGACAUAAAGAGAGACAAAAGCCAGUUAUUACAGGUCUUCCGCUUCAUGGUAAUGAAUUCGUUCUUCCAGGGGUCGCCAGAGCAGCCUCUGAAGCUGCCUUUGGUUAUGGUAGAAGAAACUGGUAGUGCACAUGAUAGGGAAGAUUCCACCGCUGAAGUCUUAUGCGAUGACGAUGAUGAUGACGAUGAUGAUGUAAGUGUGAAUGGUGAUGAUAACUCAUGUGAUGAAGCUUCUGACUGAUAAUGGUAAUUGGUAAGUUUAGGUUUGUGUGCUCAAAGACAUGCGGAGUCUUAAGGAUUUGCGGAAUCAAUCCAUCUGUAUUUCUUUUUUUGAGGAUAUGUUGUCUGGAGGAAAUAAUGAGAUAACUUCAAUUUUGUUUCAAUUUAAUGGUAAUGAAAUGAAAAUUAGAGAGUAAACUUAAUUUUUUUUUCAA